GAUCUGGAAUCCCUUGACACCUAUAUCCAGAACACACUGUCUUCCCUCUACCCACCUUUUGAGGCCACGGCAGCCACGGUGCUCUGGCAGCUGUUCAGUGUGGCUGAGAGGCUCCACGGUGGGGAUGGGCUGCGCUGCCUCACUGACUUCCUCAUUCCAGCCAAGAAGGUCCUACAAUACCUGCAGCAGGAAGCCUGUGCCAGGUACACAGGCCUCAUCUUCUUCCAUGAAGGCUGGCCACUGUGCAUCCAUGAGAAGGUCGUGGUGCAGCUGGCAUCCCUCCGCGGAGUUAGGCUCAGGCCUGGGGACUUCUAUCUACAGGUCACAUCAGUGGGGAAGCAGUCAGCCAGACUGGUUUUAAAAUGCCUUUCUCAGCUUGGACGGGGCUCAGAAGAAGUUACUGUCCCUGAGGCCAUGUACAGCUGCGUCUUCACAGGAGAGUUCCUGGAACAGCUGAACGGGGAGCGGAACGGUGUCCCCUUGCAAAACUGCUUGCUGACCUCAGGCUCCGCCGUCUUCCGCACCCCAUGGAGCAGUGUCACAGACCCCAUCUUUGUCCCAACAUUCAGGACCGCCCUGCCCCACCGCAGCUGCCCCAGGCCUGAGCAGCCACCACCUAGAAGUGCCUCCAAAGCUCUGGCCCCAGCACCAGUCAUGGCCAGCACUCGUCCCCAUGAGAGUACCCCUCCCAGUGACACCCCCACCCUGCCCCACUGUGGUGGGCAACCCGGCAGUGACCAGCCCAUCCACCAGCCUGCCGCAGGAAGGGCUGGGUGGGAAAACCCUAGAAGCACGUUCUGGAGCUCUGACGGAGGCCUUGUAGGGGUUGGGCCCUCAGAGCCAGGCUUGUGGGAAGGACCAGGAGAGAGCCUGGACCCCACAGACAAAAGAGAUGGUCCCCAGGCCCUCACUGUCCGUGAGGACAUGGGCAGCCCAAGUUCCAGAAGGCAGUCACCCAGGGACCCAGCCUGCAUGGAGGCCAGACGUUGGUUUAGGAAGUCCUAUAUGGAGGCCCUGCGGAACCCCAUGCCCCUGGGCUCCAGUUCCGAAGAGUCCCUUGGGGAUGAGGCCUGCAGCUCCGAGACCAUAGCGGCUGGGGCAGCAGCCAGCCGAACCCAGAAGGAAACCCCCAGCCUCUGGGGAGACCACGGGGAGAUCUCAAGUCAGGAAAGCGAUCCAGGAGCCGCUAGGAGCACCCUUCCCAGGCGGUCUCGGUCCUGUGACAGGUCCUUCAGGAGCUCCCGAGGUGAGGCCCGGCGGGCCUCCCACCACUCACUCAGCACCAGGCCUGGAGGUCUUUUAGGAGGACAAGCCGAGGGGACCAGAUGUGCAGGCUCCAGCGGCCCCUCCUGCACCACAGGGGAGAGUCCAGCCAGUGUUAACACCAACAGCAACGCUUUCCGGGCUCGUGCUCCUGGCUGGAUUUCAGAUGUGCUUGUUGAGCCGUUGUGCCCAGAGGGAGAAGGACAGCCGCCCAGCACAGGAGACCCACCCAAGCAGGGACCCAGGAAUGUGCUGGAGGUCAGCCAGGAGCUCCUGCAGUCCGGGGUCAUCGUCCUCCCAGGGACCCGGGAUCACCAAGGGAGAGCAGUGGUACAGGUCUGCACAACGAGCCCGCUCUGGUCCAGCAGACACAGCUCCAGCGCCGAGCUGACCCGCCUGUUGCGGUACCUCCACGGCAUCCCCAGGAAGGAGGUGCGGGAGCUGGGGCUGGUCAUUCUGGUGGACGCUCGCAAGGGUCCGGCCACGCCUGCUCUCUCCCGGGCCCUGGCAGGACUUCAGAACACAGCUCCUCCCAUAAUUCAUAGUAUUGUGUUCUUGAUGAAUAAAGAAUCAGCAUUUAGGCCUGACAAGGAUGGAAUAAUUCAGUGUGAGGUGGUGGGCUCCCUGAAGGCCUUGCACAAACUUGUUGACAGCUCCCAGCUGACCGCAGACCUCGAUGGCUCUUUCCCCUACAGCCACAGUGACUGGAUCUGCUUCCGUAGGAAGCUGGAGCCCUUUACCACAAACUGUGAGGAUGCCAUUGUUUUCCUGCAAAAUUCAGUCCGAUCCCUAAACACCCACAGGACUCUAAGCACAGCACAGGAGGUCACAGACCUAAUCAGCCAGCACAAGGAGACAAUGAAAUGUGUGCUGGAAGACGCACUGCUGGUCGCCCUCCGCUUGGAGGGUGGCACUGUGCUGGCGCGGCUGAGGAGGGAGCAGCACGGUGCCGGCCAAGACUGCCGAGAUGCCAUCGAGGUUGCCUCCAGGCUGUACGAUCAAGUAGACGAAGAGGUCCACAAGGUGGUCCUUGCCUCCAACAGGUGUCUGCAGGAGCUGGAGAGGCUACGGGAAGCGAGGGUGCUCCAGGAGGGACAAGGGCAGGUGGAUGGGUGGAUGCUGCAGUGUCUGGAACACCUGGGUCCCGAGCCGGUCACUGAGUAUCCGAAGAGCUGUCACCAGGAGGCCACAGAGCUGACUGCGUGGAGUUUCCCCGGGGCGAGCACGGUGGAGGCAGGCCUGGGCAGCUGGCGGGCACUGCCGCAAUGGCACAGCUUGUGGCUGCAGAGCCAGCAGACUCGACUCUGCUUCCAAGGGGCCCUUUCUGGGGCUCCCCCCGACCCUGGGGCCCCACCUCUGAGCCCGAGCCCCCUGCAGUACGAGCUUCCCCAGGGGGCUGAGAGGAGGCACUGUGAGCCUUCUUGGAUCCCCCACACUGAUCCGGAGGGCCACACUGGGGAGCGUGCCCAGCUGCUGCUCGGCCUCCCUGAACAAGCCGCUCUCUGCAGGCAGGAGGGUGAGCACCCGGCCCCAGACAACGGCCCUGCCUGCUCCUCCGAGCCCAUCCAGACCCCCACAACCCACCCCAAGAAGUACCCCCUGAAGAAAAUUAUGAGGAAAACACAAAGCUUUGAGAUUCCACAGCUUGACAGUGGCCCCCGGGACUCCCCCUGGCCAGGCCACACUGGGGUUUUCAUCAGGGGCCUGGAGGUGACCAGCACUGUGGCCUCAGAGAAGCAGCCCCCACCGAGGCCACAUGCCGAGAGCCCCCUGGGUACUCGGACGCGGAGUCUGUCCUCUCCCUCCAGGAUCCACCCAUCCGAGGAGGACAGGAGGAGGCAAGCAGGAAGCAGCCGACUGCAGCACAUAAUGGCCGAGAUGGUUUCCACAGAGAGGGAGUAUGUCAGGUCCUUAGGAUAUGUCAUCGACAACUAUUUUCCAGAAAUGGAAAGGACAGACCUGCCUCAGGACCUUCGAGGGAAGCGCAGCAUGAUCUUUGGGAACCUGGAGAAGCUCUAUGACUUCCACCGCCAGCAUUUCCUCGCAGAGCUGGAGCGCUGCCAGCCCUGCCCCUUGGCAGCGGGCCGCGGGUUCCUGAGACACGAGGAACAGUUUGGCAUGUACGCGCUUUACAGCAAGAACAAGCCCCGGUCAGAUGCUCUGCUCUGCAGCCACGGCAACGCCUUCUUCAAGGACAAGCAGCGGGAGCUGGGAGACAAGAUGAACCUGGCCUCGUACCUGCUGAAGCCCGUGCAGCGUAUGGGCAAGUACGCACUGCUUCUCCAGGACCUGGCCAGGGAGGCCAGCUGCUGCCCUGCCUGGGAGCAGGAGCUGGGCGAGCUCCGGGCUGCCGAGGGUGUGGUCCGCUUCCAGCUGCGCCAUGGCAACGACCUGUUGGCGAUGGAUGCAGUCCGAGGCUGUGAUGUAAAUCUGAAGGAGCAGGGGCAGCUGAGAUGCCAGGACGAGUUUAUCGUCUGCUGUGGAAGGAAAAAGUAUCUGAGGCACGUCUUCCUCUUUGAAGACCUCAUCCUGUUUAGCAAGACCAAAAAGGUGGACGGAGGCUACGACACCUACAUGUACAAACAGUCCUUCAAGACAGCCGAGAUUGGGAUGACGGAGAACGUCGGAGACAGUGGCUUGAGGUUUGAGAUCUGGUUCCGCAGACGGCGGAAAUCCCAGGACACCUACAUUCUCCAGGCCAGCUCUGCAGAGGUCAAGACAGCCUGGACCCACAUGAUAGGGCAGAUCCUGUGGCGGCAGGCUCUGCGGAACAGAGAGCUCAGAAUGCAGGAAAUGGUGUCAAUGGGGAUGAGCACCAAACCGUUCGUGGACAUCCAGCCCAGCGAUGCAGCCAUAAGUGAUCGGGCCGUCAAGAAGGGGGCAGAAAUCCUUCCCACAGCCCCAGUGAGGCCCUUCCUCAGCGACACUGCCUGGGACACACGUCCUCCCAAGCCCCCAUUGUGCCACCAUGACAACACCUCCGAGGGCACCGCUGACCACAAAGGCGUGUCUGCCCAGAUGGAGGCAUCGUGCCUGAAGUCUGCUGGGGGUGCCCAGGUGUGCCAGGUGCCCCGCACCUGCUCAGAACAGCAGCAGCCACCUUCGUCGGGCCUGUGCUCUGGGCGGGCCCACAGGGAGCGUGGCUGGGGGUACGCCCACGUCGCCAGCCCACAGCCACUGCGGUUUCCUGGUGCCGCCCUCCCUAGCUCCCACGUGGGCUGGUGCAUCUCCCAGUGA